UUUGUAUUUAUUAAUUAAUUUAACAAUCAAUAUACCAAAUAAUAUAAAAAUAAUGUAUAAAUAAUUUUUUGUCAAUUGAUCUGGCUAGAUCUUUGAAAAAAUGAGCUCACAAUUAUUAGAUUCACAAAUGGAGGAUAGUUUAACUCCGACUUCUCAAUUGGAUUUGAGUCAAUCUCAGGGUUAUUUUAAUACGGAAACGACCCCUAAGGAGUAUGAAGAAGAUGAAGAGGAAACUAUUGAAGUUGGUCAUUAUUCUACUAAUAGAAAAACUAAAGAUUGGCUAAUCGCAAGAUUACUUUGCAGAUGGUGGUAUGUAUUUCCGGAUUGGCCUCCUCCAGAUUUUGAUUAUAAUUCUGAGCUGGAAAAGAGGAAGUUUCGUCUGUACAGCGUUGAGGACUUUGAAAAUGUUGAAAAUGUCGACUCUAAUGGCUACUCUAAAGUUUAUCAGGUUACCGCUUUUCCAGGCGUGUUUAGAGAUUAUAAUGGAGUAGCUCAUGAUUUGAGACCGUUGGAGGGUAAACCAUGUUAUAACAAUUACUGCAAGUUCAGUGAGGCAAAACUCUAUGAACUCAUUGAAAAGGGUAUUAAGAAACAACUUGAAAUACUUUCCCGCUCUAAAUACGAUGAAAAAUCAACCAUACGAUUCCUCAACGAGGAGUUACAAGUCAUUUUAGAAGAAAAAAGCAAGAGCUCUUCUUAGCAUUAAACUCUUAAUUAUUAUUUUAAUUGUUAUUUUGGAUAGA